AUGGCUGCAAUACAUAAAUUUUUUAAAAUUAAUUUUCCGUGCGCUCCACCUACUACAUCGAAAGACAGAUACGAACUUGGGAAGCUUGCACUUGGAUCGAAGUGCCCUGAACCAGAAUUUUUUUUAAGUUUGAGAGAUAUAGAUCAAAGCGAAAUUGAAAUAUCUUCUAAUAUUUUAGUUGAAACUCAAGAAAACUGUUUGAUCUCUGGCGAUGCAAAUAACGAAGAUAUUUUGUCAUUGACGUGUACUGAAAAAAAAAACCAAUCGGAAUCUUUAAAUACAGAUUGUGAAGAAUUUAUAUUUGAAUUUAAAAAGUUAUUAGAUUUAGCUAAAAUCGAUCCCAAUUCUAAAAAAAUUAUUAACAGUUUAAAGCUUAGACUGAAAAGUGUCAAUACCACCGAAAGCGCUUUAGCAACUCUGUUUUCAUUAAAAACAGCAUUAUGCUCAAAAAGAAGAUUCGGACAAAUUAAAACGCAACCGACUGCUGCUGCGAGACGAAGAGAAGGUCUGACACGUGGUAGUAGACCAGUGCCGAUGGGAAGACCAACUAAAGUUGAAGUUUUGAAACGGAAAAAAGUUAAGCGACAAAGAAAUAUCAGUCUAGCUGUUGAACAAAAUGUUGCUAAUGCUCAAAGUCAUUAACGUAUUUUUUUAGCAGUCUUAAAAGUAUUGUUAUAUAAUUUAUAUUUUAUUCGAAUAUACUUGAGUAUUUUUGCGCUAACCUUUUUGGAAAAAUUUGA